CACCACCAUGGCGCUGUCCCUCCUCCGGCCAGUGGGGUACAACUGCUCGACAUGCGGGUACUGCUCUCCCCCGGGCCAGCGGAGCAGCCGCAAGAGCUCGCGGAGCUAUGGCAUGGUCGCGCCGUCAAUGUCUCCGAGUUUUUACCAGGGCCUCAUUGAUCGCGGCUGGAGACGGUCCGGAGAAUAUGUCUACCACCCCGACAUGCGCGACACCUGCUGCCCGCAGUACACUAUCCGCCUGGACGCGGGCGCGUUCUCCCCUACCAAGAACCAGCGCGGCGUGGUGAACCGCUUCAACCGCUUCUUGCAGACGGGGCACAAGCCAGGCGAGGGCGGCGACGAGGCCGCUGGCACGCAGGGCGGCGGCGGCAAGGCCAAGGGGAAGGGAAAGGGCAAGGCCAAGCCGUUUGACCUCGUCGAGGAGCUCCGGCUGCACCAGGUGGGGUAUGCAACUGGAGAGAGCAAGCAUAAGUUUGAGCUCGAGUUUGUGCCCGCCGUCGCCUCGGACGAGACGUUCGCCCUGUACAAGCGCUACCAGAUGGCCGUGCACAACGACGGGCCGGGCAAGAACUCGAUGACGUCGUUCUCUAGGUUCCUGUGCGACAGCCCUCUAGGUGACGAGGCUAUCACCUACUCGGACGGGGCAGACACCGCGCACCUGCCACAGCACUACGGCUCGUACCACCUGCUGUACCGCGUCGACGGCAAGCUCGUCGGUAUCUCAGUCAUUGACGUGCUCCCGGCGUGCGUGUCAAGUGUCUACUUUAUCUGGGACCCCGACUGGGCGUGGGCGGCGCUCGGGAAGCUGUCGGCGCUGUUCGAGAUUGCGCUCGUGCGUGAGAUGGCCGCGGCAGGGGCUGAGGGCAUGAAGUGGCUCUACAUGGGCUACUGGAUUGCCGACUGCGCCAAGAUGCGGUACAAGGGCGAGUAUGCGCCCAGCUUCCUGCUCGAUCCCGGCACGCAGCAGUUCCACCUUCUCACAAGCAAGCUGGACACGUUCCUGCAGUCGCACAAGGGCUACAUUGGCUUUACGGACGUCGAGGCGAUGAGCGCGGAGGCUGUGAACGCGGCCAAGGCGGCAGCGCCGGCGGUGAAUGGGAGUGGCGAGGCCUCGCAGUCUCACGACGUCAGCAUGGAGGAGAAGGGCGAGUGGGCAGACGAGGACGAGGACAGUGAAGACGACGAGAGCGAAGACGACGACGCAGAGUACCCCACGCCCCCUCCCCCCGGCAUGCUCGACCCCGCGACGCUGUCCGCCGAGCUGCUGGGCAGCCUCGUAGUCUUCACCGACACGGGGUCGGGGCUCGGCCUCGUCCCGUACGCUAUGUUCAAGAGACGGCUCCGCCCAGCGGGCAGACGCAUGACGACCGAGCUCGUGGCUGCUGUUGGGCCUGAGCUGCUCGCGAGCAUCAAGAACCGACAGUUUGAGGAGAAGGGGCUGUUGUUCUUUGGCUAG